AUAAUUUACAAAUGGCCGAUUUCCUGUUCAUGGAGGUUUGUUUUCAUUCGUCGGAGCCCACUCACGCUUAAUCUCGGCAUGUAGACUUGCAAUCGACAUCAGAUGACCAUGUUAACAGACUUAGUUAAUUUUAUAUUCUUUGCUCUUUUCAAAGAUUAAAAUCAAGAUUCUGUGUAGGCCUAGUAGGAGACGGGCACCUGUUGUUUUUAAUUCAGAGUCUCGAUCGGCUCUUUGUUAUUAUUUUGAUGCAGGGUAUUCGUGAGUUCUGAUGAUUUUGUGAACGAACCAAUCAGUCAAAAUGUCGACAGUGGCUACUACACCAACUGUGACGUCAGGGACGGGGAAGUAUGACAGCAAAUCUCCAGAACAAUUCAAAUCCAAAUCGCCAGACAAACCGGAGAGAAAACCUGUGGCGGACAAAUUAGAAAAUCGGCUGACAAUGAAGGACCUCAACAAGUUACAGCGAGCUUUCAUGACAGAGGGGGACGGUUACGACAACAAACUUGCUCUGUACAGAGACCAGUUCUGUGAGGCGUUAUCCAUCCUACUAGAGAAGGGCACCAGGGAAGAG